UUCCUUGCGUUUCCGGUGCCCCGAGGAACAAGGUCGUGAGCAAAGGAGGCCUCGAGGUGCUGUCGCCAUUCCACUCUCCCUGGGUCUCUGCAUCUGUUUUGCAGAGCUCCGUAAUCGAGCAAUGUUGGGACAGAGUGUUCGGAGGUUCACGACCUCCGUGGUCCGGAGGAGCCACUAUGAGGAGGGCCCGGGGAAGAAUUUGCCUUUUUCAGUGGAAAACAAGUGGCGGUUAUUAGCGAUGAUGACGGUGUACUUCGGAUCUGGAUUUGCAGCACCUUUCUUUAUAGUAAGACACCAGCUGCUUAAGAAAUAAGCACUUGCUG